AUGGAUAGCACGAACCCGCCCAACGGCUGGCCGCAUCAUCGUAUCCCCAAGGUACGAGCCGAUUCCAGCGUGCCGUCUGCCGCCCAGAUUGCGCAGGAGCGGCUGCCGCUGACGACCCGACAAAAACUGACGGCCCUGCCUGCACAGAGAUCGCACGACGAAAUGCAACGCGGCCACCGCGAGAGCUCCGACCAAGCCUCCCUUCGCCGUCCAGCGCCCUUCCAUCGCCGCGCCAACUCUCCGCCCUCCGCCAGCUCCACCACUCCGCCGCACGCCCCUCAACACCCGCAAACCUCCGGCCUGCACCUUCCUCCUCUCCGCCACCGCUUUGCCGGCGACGGGUUUGACUUCAGACGGCCUGCCAUGUCCACGCCCGCCGCUUCGAGCCAUCGCCCGCCCGCGGACGUCAUAGACCUCACCUCCGAAGACGAUGCCGCUCUGGCCGACUCGUCCGCAACGCCAAUCGCUCCGCCGGUUCAAUCAGCCCGAGCCUCGCGCCCGCCGCGCUUUGCUCGAGAGAUCAUCGACCUCUCCGACGAUACGCCUGCUCAUCCGCCACCGCCCCCGCCAGCACAGAAUGCCGCGCCCUCGAGCCCGGAGGUUGAGUUCGUCUCGUCGCGCACGAUUCCCGGCCGAAGACGAGCACCGGCGACGGCUGUCGACCUCACCGAUGUGGAAGACGACUUUGAGUUCGAGAUGUUUUUUGCCGACUUUGGAGCCAGACACGGCGUGAACAGGGCACCUCCUGGCGAUGGGGGUUUUAGGACGCGCAGUCGAAGGAACAGCCCGGUGCACCGGCGGCUCAUGCACAUACUCGGUGAGCGCACGUCUGUCCAGCAGCACCAGCACCAACGGCUGAGGGAGCGGCGAGAUCAACGUGACACGCGCCCGCGGACGUCGCAGAGGGCGCCGUACAUUCAACGGCUAAUUGGACGUGAUCCAGAUGGCCUCCUCGAGCUUAACAAUGCUCAUACGGGCUUCCUCGGACCAGGCGUCAUGAACUACGGCGCUGCCGCCUUCGACCUCGGCCUUGAGCGCGAGACCACGCCGACAUACGAAGCUCCCCCCAAAGCCCCGUCCGGAUUCACGCGUUCGCCGGAGGAGGGCGAUGCUCUGGCCUGUCCCAAUUGUGACGCAGAGCUGUGCGCAGGCGCGGAAGGAGACGAGAAGAGGCAAGUGUGGGUUAUCAGGGCAUGCGGCCAUCUCCCCUCUGGUCGCGCAACGAGCAUCGCCCACACUGCCUCGCUCUCCCUCACCACUACAAACAAUCCAAUCGGCCUUGGCGCCGAAACCACCCCGCCCAUUACUCGUUCGUCCGAGCCGACCAUGUCCUCCACCGCCCCGACAACGAAGCCCAAGGCAGGCACCAGUACCGUCGCGCAGACCUAUCUCCUCUCGUACAAUGCAGCAUCAGCGCUGCUAUGGACAGCCGUGUUAGGCCGGGUCGUGCUACUUGUGCCGCUGGUCGGCUUGACCAACGUCUUCGGUGGCGUUGACGACUUCGUGCGCUGGGUGCAGACGCUGGCGCUGGCCGAGGUGGGACACGCUGCUUUUGGCAUCGUCCGCGCGCCUCUCCUCACCACCCUCAUGCAGGUGGCCUCCCGCCUCCUCCUGGUGUGGGGCAUUGCCUAUCCGUUCCCCCAAUCAACCGCGCACUCGCCCGCCUUCGCCGGCAUGCUGCUUGCCUGGUCCGUCACCGAGGUCAUCCGCUACAGCUACUUCGUCUUCCUGCUGGGCAGCGGCAAGGUUCCGGCCGUGCUGAGCUGGCUGCGGUACAAUACUUUCUACGUGCUCUACCCGCUCGGCAUUUCCUGCGAGUGCUGGCUGGUAUACAAGGCAACCGGCCCGGCCGCCGAACUGAAUCCCCUUAUCGCCUACGGCUUGUGGGCUGUGUUGGCCAUUUACGUACCUGGCUCGUACAUCCUUUACUCGCACAUGAUGGCCCAAAGGCGCCGCGUCAUGCGCGGGAAGAAGAGGGCAGACUAA